UAGGCCGGCACAGCCACAGCCCCCUCCCUGCUGCUCCCCGGAGUUCCUGCCCCAUUCUCGCGCUUCCGGCAGCUCGAGUGAUGGCGGAUGAAAGUGGAGUCCCCCAGUGGGGUCCCCCGGAACUGGGUGAAGAUGAGGAGGCUCCGGGAUCUGACAGUGACACGGAGGGAGAGGACAUCUUUACCGGGACUAGCAAAGAGGUGCUUGCUCCACAGCCCAAGAAGGAGGAGGCUCUCCCAGAAACCUCCAGAGAAAAUGGGCUAUUCAUGGAUGAGGAUGACCAAGAUCUUUUUGCAGAAUCUACUGUUAAGCUAUCGGUGGACAAUUCUCAAAACAGUCAGAAGGAAGAAGCUCCACUCACUACCCCUAUGCUCAUUGCAGCUGCUUCUGCUCCCUCCAAGCAAAAAACCUAUGAAGAGAUCGAAGAGGAAGAGCAGGAGGACCAGUUUGAACUGAAAAUCAGUAUUCGAGACCCAGAGAAGAUUGGUGAUGGUAUGAAUGCAUAUGUAGCAUAUCAAGUUUCCACGCAGACCAAUUUACCAAUGUUCCGGAGCAAACAUUUCACUGUAAAGAGACGGUUCAGUGACUUCCUGGGUCUGUAUGAGAAGCUGUCUGAGAAGCACUCCCAGAAUGGCUUCAUUGUUGCUCCACCGCCGGAGAAAAGCCUCAUAGGUAUGACCAAAGUGAAGGUGGGGAAAGAGGAUUCAUCAUCAGCUGAAUUUCUGGAAAGAAGGCGAGCAUCUUUGGAGAGGUACCUCCAAAGAAUUGUCAGUCACCCUACCCUUUUACAAGACCCAGAUGUCCGGGAGUUUCUGGAGAAGGAAGAGCUUCCACGUGCUGUUAGCACCCAAACCCUGAGUGGAGCUGGUCUCCUCAAGAUGUUUAAUAGAGCCACUGACGCUGUUAACAAAAUGACUAUCAAGAUGAAUGAGUCUGACAUUUGGUUUGAAGACAAGUUCCAACAGGUAGAAUGUGAGGAACAGCAUCUACGUAAACUUCACGCUGUGGUAGAGACUCUAGUGAACCACAGGAAAGAACUGGCUAUAAAUACUGCCCUAUUUGCCAAAAGUCUGGCCAUGCUGGGGAGCUCAGAGGAUAACACAGCACUUUCCCGAGCACUGUCCCAGCUAGCCGAGGUAGAAGAGAAAAUAGAGCAACUCCACCAGGAACAGGCUAAUAGUGACUUCUUCCUGCUAGCUGAGCUGCUGGCCGAUUAUAUCCGCUUACUGUCUGCAGUCAGGGGUGCAUUUGACCAACGUAUGAAGACUUGGCAGCGCUGGCAGGAUGCACAGUCAACCUUACAGAAGAAAAGGGAGAAUGAGGCACGGCUGUUGUGGGCCAACAAGCCAGAUAAAUUACAACAGGCAAAGGAGGAAAUUUCUGAGUGGGAAUCCAGAGUCACACAGUACGAGAGGGAGUUUGAGAGGAUUUCUAUUACUGUCCGAAGAGAGGUCACAAGGUUUGAGAAAGAGAAAUCCAAGGAUUUUAAAACUCACAUAGUGAAAUACCUGGAAACGCUCUUGAAUGCACAGCACAAACUGGCCAAGUGUUGGGAAGCAUUUUUACCAGAAGCGAAGGUUAUAUCCUAACUGCCAUGGAACAGAGUUACAGCCCGAACUAUGCCUCUACUUUUUUUUACUUUUUUUUGUUUUAUGAAAAUAUUAUACUUCUUGCCUUUUACAGACCGUAACCACAGUCUAUUCUGUUUUACAUCUACAUGCCUUCAGUCUCUCUGAUCUCCAUCAGUGCUGAUGCAGGCCUAUUACGCAUUGCUGUGCAGCGCGUAGCCGGAUCUUUAGCUCUUCAUUGGUAAAUGAAGAUUACAGACGGGUGCCUCUGUUAUGGAUAUGCGUGCUUCAGUUCCACUCACUGCCAGAUGAGCCUCAGAACAUGAUGUAGAAGCACAGACUGGUGUGAAGGGCAAAGGUUAACACCAAAGGACAGUUUUGUCCCAGCACUUAGACAAUACUUGUUUCUGUUAACAUUUCUUGUGUAUAUUUUUCAUUUAACUUCCACAUAUAUUUUCUUAUUAACUACAACUUGAUAAUUUAGGGCUUUCUGCGAGAAGAUUAAAAAACUCAAAAGUAAAAAACAUAAACAACAAAAAAACAACAUUUAAACUAGUGGGAAUUUCCUAGGAGGGUUUAUUAAUAUAAAUAUCUAUAUAAUGUAUAUUUUUUGGUUGAGACACAGAGAAUGGAGCCUUUCUAUUCUACAAGAACCAUACAGUUAUUCAAUAAAAUAAUUAAUAUA